UUGAGGUUUGUAAAAAUGUGUCCUUCUUACGAUGGUGCGUCGGAGGCCAACCUAAUCGCACAAUGUUAACCAUAUGAGGUCUCCCUGAAGAACGACAAAGAAUAUGACCCAAAUUUGUAAAGUCAAGUUUAAAGAUAUGACGCAGCCAAAAUUCCACACAGUCGAGUAGGCAAGAAUCAUAAAAGCUGUUCAAAUUGUCAUUUCUCAGAUAUGAAAACUUUCGAAAAACAGUCGCAGGAAUUCGUCGUUAUGUAAGUGUAAAAUACAUCUGUCACUCACUUCAUAUCUUCAUAUCUGAAGGACACCUAAUUUACUGAAUGAGAGCGAUCAAUCAAACAAUCUAGAAGGUCUAAUUUAGAAAAAAAUUGACUCUGUUAAAAGUGAAUACCGAAUAGUACAAAUUGAUUAGUGCUACACAAUUUCAGGCAAGCAUCGACGUUUUUCAUUUUCAUUUUCCUCCUACAGUGAAGUGUUAGAAGGUGAGAUUUUUGUGCGACUACAAGAAAAGGUUAUUGUUUUACCCGACUGUAUUGACUUGAAUUUUCAAAAAGAAUUUUUUUUUUUUAAAUGACAGUUUGGAGACGGAUUCUAGAUUAGAACCUUUUGCGCUGGAGAGGCUCCUGAGGUAGGAAAAAAAAUUGGCCCCCUAAAUUUGCAAAAGGGAUCUGCCUCUGUAAAGUUUAAACUACCUCUGUAAACUUUUUUUAUGAGGAGACAAAAAAAAGGUACCGAGAGAAAAUAUGAUUCCCAUAUCCAUUUUCAUCAUUCUAUCACUGGGAGUUCUGCAGACAGAGGCCUUUAAAAUUUUAGUUUUCUUCCCGAUGCCAUCAUACAGCCACCAACGUGCCAUAUUAUCCUUGACGGAGAGGUUAGUGAGAGACGGCCACGAAUUGUUCGUUAUUAGUCCUAAUGCAGUGCCGGGUUUGGAGUCGCAUGCUAACUACACGUAUGUGGACGUUUCUUUUGCUUACGAAUACUUUGGGGACCCGAGUAAAGACAAAAACAAAGAUGAGACUACGGAUCUUCAGACUAGAAUUUCAAAGUGGGAACUUCCUCGCACGUGCAUCACGGUGGCGAGUAUUGCCAGAAAGCAAUUUGAGAGUGAGGCUUUUCGUAACUUCAUAAGACGCGUGGAAACAGAGCGCAUUCGAUUUGAUGUGGCGAUCAUCGAGACCUGGUUUACACCCUUCACGUGCGCAUUAACUCGUCUAAUUUCUGGAUCCACCCCGAUCAUAUCCAUGUCAACGGUGAAUGCAGACAUAAUGGCCGAAGACUCCUUGGGUAGCAUCACCCACCUAUCAUUCGUGCCGGCAAUAUUCGGUGAAUUCACUCAUAGAAUGAGCUUAUGGCAAAAAAUAGAAAAUUGGAUUUAUCAUUUCUAUUACACUCAUACGGUGAAAAACGCCAUGGAUUUGGCGGCCAGGAGUUACUUCAGAGAUAAUUUUGGUCCUAGUUCAGAGCGCUUGGUUGAUGGCUGCUUUUCCAACGCCAGCUUGUCGAUUGUCGUUUCAAACUCGGUGUAUUCCUAUCCGAGACUUUUGGGCCCGAAUGUCAUCGAAACUGGACCUUUGCACCUAAAACCACCCGGGAGAUUGCCAAAAAAUUUACAAGACUGGCUUGAUGGUGCGGAGAAAGGUGUAAUUUUUUUCAGUCUUGGAAGCAAUAUGAGAAGUAAAUCGUUACCUGUGGUCGCAAGAGACAAUUUGUUGAAAUUUUUCAAGGAAUUGCCACAAGGAUACAGGGUUUUGUGGAAAUGGGAGCUUGAUGGAAGAAUCCCCGGACAAUCAAACAAUAUACUCACUCAAAAAUGGAUGCCGCAGGAAAGCGUUCUGGCACACCCAAAAGUGAGAGUGUUCAUCACACAAGGAGGACUGCAGAGCUUCCAGGAAGCUGUGCAUUACGGAGUGCCAACGGUUGGCAUCCCGUGGUUUGGAGAUCAGGAGUUCAUCGCCGCCAAAAUGGUAGACGCUGGAGUAGGCGCACAGUUAUUGCCGUCGGAUCUCUAUUCUUAUGAGAAAAUAAAGGCAGCUCUUGAUAUGGUGUUGUAUGAUAAGAGAUUUUUGAAGAACAUGCAGAGGCUUUCUGCUAUAUCGCGCGAUUUUACUGCUCAAGCAAUGGAUAAAGCCGUGUUCUGGGUGGAGCAUGUAGCUCGUCAUGGAGGGGCAUCUCACUUGAGACCAGCAACCGCUGAUACAACACUCUUUCAGUACUUUUGCUUGGAUAUAAUAGCCGUUAUACUGUUUCUAAGUUCCCUCAUUAUGUUUGCUACAUAUAGGGUAUCCAGAUUUGUUAUUUUAUUCAUGAUCUCAGACAAAUUGACGAAAAAAAUAAAGAAUUCUUAACUGAG